UGCCCAGGGCAACUUCUCCGCUCGCUACAGGUUGGGCGAGGCCAGCCCGGUCGACUUCGAGUUGGUGACGAAGGGAGAAGAACCAAGACCGCGCAGAGGCAGUUCCAAUAAUUUGUUAGUCUUUAAGGUGCUCUUGCCAAACGAGACUCCUUGGAGUUUUCGCUGCAACAGGCUGGCAGGGCUGCGCUACCCUUCUGCGAACAACGGACGAAACGAUCCCACACACAGCCUCCCGUCUCCGCAGCCGCGUCCUCUUAGCGUCGCUUCUCCCAGGGAUGCUCUGAUCUCUGCUGAGCCUCGGCAGGAAGGAGCACAUGGAGCGACCGGAGCCGCUCUGGGUGAACAGUAGCUGCGCCAACGGUUCAUUAUUAGCCCUGACAUGCCUUUCUGGGCAGACGUUUUGUCAAGUUGUUGGGAAUGUCAGCUCAACAGGCUUACCCCACAAUAAUAUCACCUUAAACACAAACUGGAUGGUACGGAUAGAAGACAAAUAUGGCUUCUACAUUGGCUUGGCCUUGGCCAUCUUCUCCAGCUUCUUGAUUGGCAGCAGCGUCAUCCUUAAGAAAAAAGGACUGCGUCGGCUUGUGGAGACAGGAGGCACCAGGGCAGGGGAUGGAGGCCAUGGCUACCUUAGGGACUGGCUGUGGUGGGCUGGCUUGCUCACCAUGGGUGGAGGAGAAGCUGCCAACUUUGCUGCCUAUGCCUUUGCUCCUGCAACUAUCGUUACUCCACUCGGAGCCCUGAGCGUGCUCAUAAGUGCCAUUUUGUCCUCGUACCUGCUUGGAGAGCGGCUGAAUCUCCUGGGCAAACUCGGUUGCAUGCUGAGCAUUGUGGGUAGUACAGUUCUUGUGAUUCAUGCUCCAGAAGAAGAGGAGGUCACCACUCUAGACGAAAUGGCCUCUAAACUGAAAGAGCCAGGUUUCCUUGCUUAUGCCAGCAUUCUCUUGGCGGUCUGCCUGGUUCUGAUUUUCUUCCUCGCCCCACGUUAUGGCCAGACCAACAUUCUCAUCUACCUCACCAUCUGUUCUGUGAUUGGGGCAUUCUCAGUAUCUUCAGUCAAAGGACUAGGCAUCGCCAUUAAGGGCUUUUUCACUCACUGGCCUGUUCUUAAGGACCCACUCACCUGGAUUCUUGUCCUCACAUUGGUGGCCUCCAUCACCACCCAAAUCAACUACCUCAACAAAGCUCUGGACAUUUUCAACACCUCUAUGGUUUUCCCCAUCUACUACGUGCUGUUUACCACCAUUGUCAUCACCACUUCAGUCAUCCUCUUUAAGGAGUGGGUCACCAUGUCUGUGGUGGACAUCAUUGGGACAGUCUGUGGGUUCCUCACCAUUAUUUUAGGGGUCUUUUUACUCCAUGCCUUCAAAGAUAUGGACAUCAGUUUGAGGAACCUGCCACAAACACUUCACAACGCUGACGAAGCCCCAGCCGUCAAGGACGACAAGAACAUCCUGAUAGAGCUGGAUAAUCCAGAAAUCAAGGCUGACAACAAACCCAAAGUAUUCAUGAUCUACAGCUGAAACCUAACAGCAACAAUCCUGCAGCUGCAGGAACUUGGAUCGAACUGUAUGUAGGUAAUACAGGCAUGUGCUAUAUUUUGCAUUAACGGGUACGCAUAUGCAUCUUCUGAGAAAUAGCAACCAAAUUGAAUACCGUGAACUAGCUCUCUCACGUUUUGUCUCAGUAACCCUUUCCCCCCAUCCUUUGGCAUGUCACUGCACAUCCCACACUCUGCAAUUGCCUCAGCUGCUUUGACUGUGCCUGCCUCAGAUAAGCAGGUUUUCACUAAUUAUUUUGGGGUGGGGGUGGGGGGUUGGUUCCACCUGUGGUUGAAGUUGCUUCUUGGCCCCUUUGCAUGAUCUUCCCCUGAGAGGCUAUACUGAGGUGCUGUGAGGCCACGAAGAGCGUUCAGAUUUGAAGUCCAUGACCUGUGAAACUUCAUGGAAAGUUCUUGUGGCCUUUUUCAACCCUGAGUAUUCAGUCCUCCCCUGAAAGCGUUAACAGAAAAUAACUUAGUCAUUCUUCUGAUGAGCCAAUUAGAUCAGAUAUCAAGCUAUGCUAGGACUCUUUUCCCAGACACACUAGCUUUGUGUUGUUGCCUGACAAUUCCUGAUGAAGGAGUGGUUGCACCAUCAUUCGAUUGCCUCAUCACAUGCGUCUUUCUGCCUAUGCAUACUACCCUUUAGUGCCUUUUUGGUCUUCCACUGUUAUUAAGUUGUUCUGCUUAAAAGUGGAUGGAGUGAACCCAUUAACCUAUUGCCCUGAUAGUGCGGCAACUAUCUUACAGGGCCAAUGCGUAUCAAGAGGACAAUUCCGAUAGUGGUCCCAUUUCUUGUACUAUACUGCCUAUGUAAUAAUGCAUUAAGAAAAGGCAUAACAGCCAAUGCAAAAUUGUGAAAUACGCUUCACCCCUAGUAAACUUCUGGUGAGACAAAAUGCUAUUUUUGUAAGCUUUCUGUAAGCUUCUGCCAUUAUACCAAAGGGUCAGCCAUCUAACCAAGGGUGUUUGAGAACCUUUGACCUUACCGUGUACAUACAACCAUAAGGGGAAUCAGUUAACUGCAGUAUUCAUUCCUGUGGUGGUAAGAAUCUUGCCCAUGUGCCCAGUUUUUGGUUGCAGGAAGAUGAUGCAGUUCUCCUCACCACAAGCAGCAUACUUCUCAUGCAACAUGCUUGGUUGCACAUGGUGUGCACUUGGGCUCAGUACCCAUGUUACUCUGGCGACUUGACAGCUGCCAGGGAAACAUGAAAAGCCCUGGCCUGCACCCCAGGAACCCAUGUUAAAAAGCUUGGGCUUUUAACAUGAUAGAUAUGAGAGACUGGUGUUGUGAGUAAAGUGGUGUAAAUAUUAUUGGCCAAUAGCCCUCCAUGUUCAAAAGUGCCUUAAGUACCAGAAUGAUGGUGGUAUCCCAUGAGUUCUGUUUGGGGUACUGAGUUACGCCAUCAUUAAAGGGGGGGCCCAGCAUGCUAGUUAUGUUCUUAAUAAGAUUUGUAAGUGGCUAUAACCAUUAGUGUUUAUUUUCAAGGUUAAGUUCUAUAAGUAUGUAGUAGACCCCGCCCCCAAA